AUGUCCGACACCAAGACUCGCUAUUCAGUCCCGAAGCUAAUCUCCAACGGCUCCAACUGGGUCGUAUACAAGGACAAAUUCUUGGCGGUGUCCGGAGCGAAGGUCUUGACGAGGUUCAUAGACGGUACCGUCCGCAAACCCCCUCGUCCCAUCCCCUUCACCUGCGUCAAUCUGCAUAUUCCCCCGUCCACGACCACACCCGCGGGUGGUGCGUCCCCACCUCCCAUGACAGACAUGUAUUCCCACCUCGACGACGACAUGUACUUCAAGUUUGCGGAGACGGUGGACAAGAACUACGACGCUUGGGUCCAGAAGGAGGCCGACGCACGGGCGCUCUUGUACGAGAGCAUCCCCGACGAUGUCUACAUCAAUGUCCGCUCUCAGCCAACCACCGCCGAGGCCUAG